CAUGUUUUUAUUUCAAAGUUACAUAUCAAACUGACUUGGUCUAAUAAUCAAAAUAAGUCAUCUGAAUUGGCUUAAUUUUUGGUCGAAGAGUCUAAUAUAUUACAUACUCUCAAUGCAUUGAUUACAGAUACUUUUUGACUGCUAAAAAUAACGUGAAGUUUUUGUACAACUUUGUUGAAAAAACACAGAGUUUAUUGUUUAAAAACUCACUGUUUAUUUACAUUUCGUUUUUAAACCAAUUAUCUUUUGUUUAUUGGUUGAUAUUUUGGGAUAAAUUUCGGCCAUGCCUCAAGGAGGCUUUUCGCUGCUGAGUCGCGGAGUGGGUGCUAAGGUCCAUACAAAGUCAGGCCAUGACCGGCUGGACAUAAUCUACGAGCCACAGGACUGGCUGAGUGUCGGUGGUCGGCAAUUGUCAGUCCCGAAGUACUCCAAAGACGACUCGUUAGCCAAUAAGAGCUCCCACAAUCUGCUCCAAUCAGUGCAGCCUCUGCCUCCCAUUGGCCACCGAACUAAUGCUGUCGAGCCGAAUGUGGACCAGGAUGACGUCACGAAAAACGAGAUCAAAGAUACCGAAAGAGAUACUAGAGACAGAGAAAGGGAAGAAGACGUGAUUAAAAACUAUCCAACCAAACAACCUUGGACCGGUUCAAUGUCAUCGGUGAAACGAACUUUCUCGACCCGGAAGGGAGCUCUCGUUUUAUACUCUGAAGAUUUCGCCGACAAGUUCGAGGGAGUCCUGCCAACUUUCACAGCCGAAGACUACAGCGUGCACUCGAAGCCGACAAUUCGCGCGCCAAAAGUUCCUAAAAAGGAAACUUAUCAAGCCUUCGACUCGGUGAUUGAAGAUGCAGAGCCGAAGCAAGAGAAAGAAGAAAAUUUGAAAACUUGUGGCGACCUCUACCGGUCAAUUUUGUCAUUCGGAAAAAACGAAGACGAAGAGUAUGAGUUCAAUUUGAAGAUCAAACCCGAGCGCCACAGGAAAGAUGAGCGUCAGAUCCGACCUGGCUUUUCGGCCAAGAGAUACAUCAACACAUUCAGCUUCACCUGGGACCCCUCAGUUUUCGACAAUCUCAGAAACGAAG